AUGAAUGACUUGUUCAAGUCAGAUAGCAAUAAGGCUUAGAGCUCAGCAGAGGUCCGCACUGCUCAGCACUCAAAAUGCCUGGGUUACUCAAACUGCCUCUUUUACUGCUGUAAGUGGGAAGUGCCGGACCGGGACAGAAACAUGAUCGACAGCCGACACCACGGUCUUAGAAAAAGAGGAGGACUAUGGGGAUUGUGCAUCCUCUUGCUUUACACCAGCCCUCUCUCCUGUUUUGCACAUUUCAGCCAAGCGAAAGAGCUCAUCUAUAAGAUAAAGGAGGGAUUACCCAGAGGGACCUUCAUAGGGACCAUCGGAGUAGACUUAAAUUUGGAUUUUUCCGUUGAGCCCCCCUUUUUAUUCAAUCUCCCACAGAAGAAGGUCAGUGAACAGUAUGUGAAUCUAAAUAAUACCACCGGAGAGCUUUACACAUCUGCCACAGAGAUCGACAGGGAGACCCUCUGUCCUGAUAACUCCGAGGGACGGGGAUGUGUCCUGUCGCUGGAUGUGUUCGUGUUGCCUCAGGAGCACUUUCAGCUAAUCAAAGUCAAGAUCGUCAUCGAGGAUGUGAACGACAACAGGCCAAAGUUCCCCACGGAUGAGAUCUACUUGUCUGUCCCCGAAAACACACCGAUUAACGCUCGUUAUGCAGUGGAGCAGUCUGCGGUGGACCCGGACCUGGGCGCUCACGGAGUGCAGACCUACUGGCUGGUUAACGACUUUGGCGUGUUCACACUGGACGUUGAGGAGAACGAGGGGGGGGAGCUGACACCUUUCCUCAUUGUGACAGAAGCCUUGGACAGAGAGACACAGGCUGAAUACAUUACGGAUAUUAUCGCAGAGGAUGGCGGGACCCCUCCUCUUCUCGGCGCUGCUACUUUAAAGAUUGUCAUCACAGAUGUGAACGAUAACUGCCCCCAAUUCACAGAGUCGCAUAUUAAUGUCACUCUGCAUGGGAACACCAGCAAAGGGGCCCAUUUGGCACGUUUGCACGCUUUUGACCCUGACCUUGGUGCUAAUGCUCAGAUCAGCUACGCUUACAGCGAACGUGUGCCAAGGGACACCAGGAGCUUGUUCCAUUUGGACAGAAUCACAGGGUUGAUCAAGCUUGCAGGGAAAAUAGACACUGUCACAUCCACCUUUUACAAACUCACGGUUCUGGCUAAUGGAGCUGGCUGUAUCCCUGCUGUUGCCUUUGUGACUGUCCACAUCAUCAAAGUUGUGACCGGACCCCCUGCUGUCAUACCCCGGUACAUCGCACCAGAAAAGGAUGGAGUGGUGACAAUAAAGGAGUCUGAGCCAGUGUUUUCUCCAAUUGCUUUUUUUACUGUUAAAAACAUUGAUAUGAACCAAAGGGUGGACUGUCUUCUGGAAGGGACUGGUCCCUUCAGGCUGGGCCCCUAUCAGCAGUUCAAAAACGAAUACCUGCUGGAGACUACAGAGCCACUGGACUAUGAAAAGAUACAGGAGUACGAACUGAUUGUGGUUGCUAAGAAUACUGGAGGGCUUGUCAUCAAGACCUUCCUCAAGGUGCAGGUUUUAGAUGAGAACGAUAACGCACCAGUGUUCCAGGAGUCUUUGGUGGAAAUAUCUGUGGAGGAAAACAACGCACCAAACACAUUUCUAACACAACUCCAAGCCUCGGACCAGGACAGCGACAACCGAGGGGAGGUCAUCUACCUCCUUGGAGGUGACACCCCUGGGAUCUUUGCUAUCGAUCAAGUGACAGGUGUCCUGAUUGUGACCACAUCGCUGGACCGGGAGGAGAAAGAAAAAUACCGGUUCAUCGUGAGAGCAGUGGAUCAGGGGACGCCCAGGAGGGAGUCCAUUGCAACUGUGGUGGUGACGGUGCAGGAUCGUAACGACAACAGUCCGCGCUUCAUCAACAAGGACUUUACUUUCUUUGUUCCUGAGAACUUCCCAGGUUACGGUGAGAUCGGAGUUCUCUCUGUGACAGAUGCUGAUGCAGGAGAAAAUGGCUGGGUGGCCCUUUCCAUCCUGAACGGCAGUGACAUCUUCAUGAUAGACACAGGGCGCGGAGCCCUGAGGGCCAAGACAUCAAUGGACCGUGAGCAACAAGGGACAUACACAUUGUGGAUUGAGGCCACUGAUGGUGGAGAACCCGCACUUUCCUGUGUCACCAUGGUGACCGUUUUGUUGUUGGAUGUAAAUGACAACCCACCCAUUGUCCUCUUUCCUCAGUCCAAUCAGUCCUACAUGUUAGUGCUCCCGAAUACGUUACCGGGAACAUCGAUCACAGAGGUGUAUGCUGUGGAUAAGGAUACAGGCAUGAACGCUGUGAUCGCCUAUAGUAUCGUUAAGAGGAAAGGUGGCGAGCCAGGGUCCUUCGCCAUCGACCCAGAAACAGGAAAUAUCACAUUAAAGAGGGAACUCAGCAACCGGGGCCUCUACAGCCUUCUGGUGAAGGUCAGUGAUCAUGGUCAGCCUGAACCGCUUUACUCAACGGUAAUGGUCAACUUCUUUGUCAAUGAAACAGUGAGCAAUGAGAGUUACAUCCAGAGUCUGCUGACCAGAGAGGCUGACAUAGAGAUAGAGGAGAGGCCUUGGUACAUUGGCCAGAUGACAGAGGGGCCUGAGCGGUACGAGCGGUUCCCCUGUCAGCCUGUCCUCAUUGUUCUUUCAGUGUCCUGCCUGGGGCUACUCUUCUCCGUCGUUUCCCUGACAGCUUACAUAUGUUGCAAGAGGUUUAAAAAGCAGAGAAAGAAAAGAUCAGAAGUGGAAAUACCUUUAAAAAUGAAGAACGACUGCAUGCAGGUUGGGAACAGAAAGAUCAGGCAAAUCUCUAACAUCUAA